AUGGAAGACCAAACCUUUUUUGAUUGGGGCGGCAUUGGUGAUGGGACAGAGAUAGGUCUAUACCUUCCCUCGGCCGAGGUGGACGGGGACUGGUCGAUGGAAUCUGUUGAUGUCGCCACCGUUCCGACCUGGAACGGCACGGUAUGUGAUCAGGCUGGGAUGGAUCUUGAUGGAGGGGGUCUACUCCCCGCCGUUCAAGCUUCUCGGUCCGGCACCAACGACCAUGGACCCUCGGCGCCAUUUUCGUCUUAUCUCGAAGACGACGGCGCAUCCUCGGCGCAGUAUUCUCGAUCCGAAGCGGACGACAGCAACGCAUUCUCCGCUCCAUCCUCUGCUCCAUCCUAUGCCUUCAUCGAGGACCCGUCAUCUCGUCCCGAAGCCGACAACAACGCAUCCUACGCUCCAUCCUAUGCCUUCAUCGAGGGACCGUCCUCUCGUCCCGAAGCCGACAAUACCGUUCCGUCCUCCGCGCCGCCUGGCACAGCCGAAUUCGUGGGGGGCCACAGCCCACCACCCUCUGGGCCCAAAGCCUACGACCAGAUAAUAUGGGUGCGACCUCUUCAACAAGACGACACCGACGAGAUCAUAUCCUUGGGAAAGAGUAAAUUGGCCGACAAGCCUGUCCCUGCGGUGAAGCCAUACGAACGCAAUGCCACUCCAAACGCCGCAGACGGCUUGUAUGAUUGCGAGUAUUGUGAGGAGAAGUUCCCGGUCGCCCAUGCUUGGAAAAAACACAUGGACAAGCAUGAGCGCCCGUACAAAUGCACCUUCGAGGGGUGCACGAACCGCGACGGAUUUUCAAAGCCGUGCGCUCUCAUGCGUCACCACGAACACCUCCACCUCAGGAAGGUCCAAUGGUUCUGUAUCUUUGAGGACUGCGACCGACACGAACGGGGCUUUUUUCGGAGCGACCACGCCAGGAAACACGAAGAGCGUGUCCACAACUACUACCGGCCGGCUCGCAAGGAGAGCAUUUGCAGGUGGUGCAAGCGGGGUGAAAUCACCGGCAGACGGCCGUCGAAGAGGACCACCAAGAAGGACCCCACGGCCGAAAGUCCCGCGGAACAACAGGUCAUCGGUGGCCGUGGGGCAGGGGGGGCCGCAACCUCCCUCGAGGAAAGAAUUCGAUACCACAAGCAAGAGUUGGAGAGGCUCGCCGGAUUGCUGCGAGGAGUCCCGGAUGAUGCUCAAGUCAUGUCCUGA